CGGAAUGAGCGGAGCUGCUGUUGCUGCUCCAGCUAGUGCAGCUAACUAGCAUCGUCUCUGUGAAGCAGAGGGCGGAGUACUACUCAUCCAGGAGAGGUAUGCUUUAAAGACACACUAACCAACACCAACAAACGACAUGCCACCAAUAUAAUCAAGGCUUGUCGCUUGUUGAGCAGCAAGGAGCUGAUUGAUUCCUUCAUACAGAGAGGUUUGACCACAUCACUGUGACUUCACCUCUUCACAUUUCCAGACCUUUGGAGUUGCUGUUGGAGGCUAACUUCAACAUAGAAUAUCUGUCGCUGCAGCGCCUUGGGCACCAAGAGGAAUAUUUAGAAUAAUCAUGAGCACCCACGAGUCAGACGUGCACCCCAUCUCUCCAGAGCUGCCGGCGAUGUUCGACGGCAUGAAGAUGGCGGCGGUGGCCACGGUGCUCUACAUCAUCGUCCGCUGCUUGAACCUCAAGAGCCCCACCGCGCCCCCGGACCUCACCUACCAGGACUCACCCCUCAACCGCUUCCUUCUCAAGUCCUGUCCUCAGCUGACCAAAGAGUACAUUCCUCCCUUACUGUGGGGUAAGAGCGGUCACCUCCAGACGGCGCUGUACGGUAAGCUUGGCCGGGUGAGCUCACCUCACCCCUGUGGAGUUAGGAAGUACUUACCCAUGCAGGACGGGGCCACUGCGACCUUUGACCUCUUUGAGCCACUGGGGGACCAUCGAACAGGAGAUGACAUCACCAUGGUGAUAUGCCCUGGUAUUGGUAACCACAGUGAGAAGCAUUACAUCCGUACCUUUGUGGAUCACGCCCAGAAGGACGGUUACCGCUGUGCUGUGCUGAACCACCUGGGAGCUCUUCCCAACAUCGAGCUGACCUCUCCGCGCAUGUUUACCUACGGGUGCACAUGGGAGUUUGCAGCCAUGGUUGGCUACAUUAAGCGGACGUAUCCUCAGACCCAGCUGAUGGUGGUGGGCUUCAGUCUGGGUGGAAACAUCGUUUGUAAGUUCCUGGGCGAGAACAGGAUGAACCAGGAGCGAGUGCUGUGUUGUGUCAGCGUCUGUCAGGGGUACAGCGCUCUCAGGGCACAGGAAACAUUCCUACAGUGGGACCAGUUCAGACGCUUCUAUAACUUUCUCAUGGCUGACAACAUGAAGAAAAUCAUCCUCUCACACAGGCACAGUCUGUUUGGGGGAAGCCCAGUUAAAUUGAUAGAUCUAGAUAUUGGUCGGCUGUACACAGCGACGUCUCUCAUGCAGAUCGAUGACAGCAUCAUGAGAAAAUUCCACGGCCACAGCUCCCUCAAAGAGUACUAUGAGAAGGAGAGUUGUGUACAUUAUAUCCACAAUGUAAAUGUGCCACUGCUGCUAGUGAACUCUGCAGAUGACCCUCUGGUUCAUGACUCACUGCUCACCAUCCCUCGCACACUAGCAGCAAAGAAGCCCAACGUGAUCUUUUCCCUGACGCUACACGGAGGCCAUCUGGGCUUCUUCGAGGGCGCGGUGCUCUUCCCCCAGCCCCUCACCUGGAUGGACAAAGUGAUUGUGGGCUACGCCAACGCCAUGUGCCAGUGGGAGAAACAGAAACCGCCGUGCCAAAGUGGCCACCUGAGUGAGAGCACCUGCGCAGAGGAAAAAGCGUAAACCUCUAUGAUAUUCUGUGUUGUGGACUGAUCGGACCAUGCGGUCCUUGUUAAGAAGGGAAAGUUCAGCAGUGUGAAGCAGAUUUUCUCUUUCUAAUCUGAGCUGUGAGGUGUGAUGAGUAGGAGGGCAGAGGAUACCAACGCUAAACCAAAUGUUUAUUUUAGUGGAUUGUUUGUACUACUAGUAAUCAUACUGGAGAUUAUGUUGUAUAAUUAGAUGGAGAACACUGCAUGCAAGAAAGAAGAGACAGAUUUUAAAGCAAGGGAAUAUUUUUGUUGCAAAGACUGCAUUGAAAAGCUUUUCUUAUUUUCUUGACUGGGCUGAGCGUUUGUGGAAAUCUAUCUGAAACGUGUCUUGAUGAAAUCCUACUGCAAUAAUGGGACCUGUGGACUUUUCAAAACCUGAAUCUAAUUGCGAACCUUGUUUAAGGGCUUAUAGGAAGCUUCUUCCAAGGCAGAGUCCAGCCAAGUAAUCUGAACACUGUGAUGAGACAGAUGGAUGGUUUGAAAUGAUGAAUUGACAGCAGCACAUCAUGUUAAGCUGUUUUGGCCACAGUUUGUUUCUUAUAAGACCUGCGUUUGAUAGUAUUUGCACGUUGUAGUGUUUGUUUGAGGUUUGCAGGAAGUUAGGCAUGUCAAGACAAUUUCUAUUCGUCCAUGUGUCCGUUGGUCGCAAUGACUGUCACUUUAUGACUGAAGAAUAAUUAACCUGAGCAUUGAAGUUCACUCUUGACCUUCGAAAUAGUAGCUUGGGUUAUAUAGUACUGUAAUAGUUAUUCUGAUCACUACCGGAAUAAAAUUGGUUGUUCUUUGGUUCAAGGACAUUUUCACGACCACUGUUCAUGGAGACUUUUUUGUUUUUGUUUUUUAGAUGUAAUUGGCAUAAAUUGAACCUCCUUUGUUGGGAAUUAUUCUGUGCAAAUACUAUGAAAUCCAGGUAUUAAUCUCACUGGCUUGGCUAAUAUUAAAAAGAGGGAUUCACCGAUCCAACUUCAUCCCUCUCAACUCGGGGUAUCUGCCAAUACCAAGCACCGAUCGGAUACCGGUGCCCUCUUUUUCACACAUUUAAAAUCUGUACACCUCACUGAGUGGAACUCAAUCAUUUUUAUGUACUGUAAAAUAAAAUGAGUGCAGGGAUUGCCGUGGCAGUAAGUCAGCAAUCCACCGUGACUCAAUUAAUGAAACUGAAAGUAGAAACACUACAUAUUAUAUUGACGUUGACUACUAGAUGUGCGCUCAGAGAGCACAGACCUCCACCAAAGCCAAAUGACCUACUGUAUCUUACAAUAUUAAUAAAAGUGAAAAAUAAUUAGUAUAUCCGCCCCGUGAUUCGUAUCCGCUCCAAAAUGUUAUGGGUUCUUCGUUAGCCCAUGUUACACCCUUCCACCAAGUUUGAUAAAAAAAUGGUCCAGUAGUUUUUCCAUAAUCCUGCUGACAAACGAACAAACAAACCGAACCGAAAGCAUAACCUCCUUGGCUGAGGUAAUGAAACUGUAUUUAAAGAGGACCUAUUAUUCUUUUGUCCUUUUCCCCUUUCCUUUAAUGUGUUAUAUAGUUUUUUGUGCAUGUAAAAGUUCUGCAAAGUUACAAAGCCCAAAGUCCAGGCCAAAGGAGUUACGCUCCCC